GCAUUCAUUCAAAAUAUGAACAACUACUGCCCCCUGAUCAAAGAUCAACUUCGAAAGCGAAAGCUCCCUGUGCAAGCGCGGUCAGCAGACAUCACCAACAUGAAUGCUGUGCUAGAAUUUUUUGUCACAUUAUUUUAUGUUAUAUACUAUUGGUUAGAAGCCAUAGUAUUGACAUUUAUACCAGCAGGACUUAGAGGCAAAAGUGUGGCGGGUGAAACUGUGCUCGUUACUGGCGCAGGGAGUGGAAUAGGGCGGUUACUAUCAAAGAGGUUUGCGGAGCUUGGUAGCAGGCUUGUGUUGUGGGACAUCAACCAGGCUGGGAAUGAGGAGACAGCAGAGCAGGUCAAGGCCAUUGGUGCCACAGUUAAGACGUACACUGUAGAUCUCAGUAGCCGAGACGCAAUAUACAAGGCUGCACAACAGGUGAAGAAGGACGUUGGGGAGGUGGACAUCCUGGUUAACAAUGCUGGUAUUGUCACCGGGAAAAAGUUCCUGGACUGUCCUGAUCACAUGAUUCAGAAAACUUUCGAAGUCAACACAAUAGCACAUUUCUGGACUUGUAAAGCAUUUCUCCCUGGGAUGAUGGAACGUAAUCAUGGACACAUUGUGAACAUCGCCAGCUCUGCUGGUCUGAUUGGGGUUAACGGACUCGCUGACUACUGUGCCAGUAAGUUUGGAGCUGUAGGAUUUGAUGAGUCACUGCGCUUGGAGCUUAGCAUGCAGGGUAAAAAUGGAGUUCAUACCACAGUUGUCUGCCCUUACUUUAUCUCUACUGGAAUGUUUGAGGGAGCUAAAACAAGGUUUCCUGCCAUUUUGCCAAUUCUGAAGCCUGAAGAAGUUGUCCUGCGUAUUGUUGAUGCAGUUUUAUGUAACCAACACAUUAUCAUGAUACCUAGAAUUAUCUACCUUUUUGCUUUGCUUAAAGGAUUUUUUCCGACUAAAGUUUCGGCACUUCUUUCGGAAUAUUUUGGAGCGUCUAACUCUAUGGAUGAAUUCAAAGGGCGAGCUGCCAGAAAACUUGACUAAAUCCUACGUUAUCAACACAUUUGUUUGUCUGAUUAUGUGAUAUUUCAAAGACAAUACCAAUAUAGUAUGUGUCAAAUUGAAUGAUGAGUAAUAAACGUGUGCUACUGGUUAAGUAUUUGUUAUACAUUAUUUUAUAAAUUGACUUCCAAUGUCAGAGGAAAAUAAUUGUACAAGUAGAUCAUCUUUAAUGAAAAUUUCCUUUUAUGUUUAUGCUCCUAAAUCUUUUAUGCUAGUCAUCAACAUUUAGAUAUAGUAUUUUUAUGACUAAAAUUCGGUACUUGAAUUGGGAAAAACUAGUGUGCUUGUGAUGUAUGUUCUUUAUAUAUUCUGUGAUUUUUGAAAGUUAUAAGUAAGAUUUUGUAAUAAUUGAAUGAUGUAAAGAAGCAUAUGUGAUCUUGAAGAAUGAUUAUCAUUAUUUUUAAUUAGUCUGAGUGAAAUUAUUUAAUGUACACAUAUUUGUUAUACAUUAUUGUUUGUCUUGUAACCUCAAGUAUUAAUAGCUAGUACUCAUACAUUUAAAAAGAAAAUGACUAAAAGUUUCUAUUUUCAAGGCAAUAAACUCUUUAAAUAAAAAC